GCUUGUGCGCCGAUCGAGUAGUCUUAGUUCGCAACGUGAACGCUUCGCAUCGCGCGAUAGCCUUACUUUUAUAAUGCACUAAAUCUGACAAUUACAAACAAAUAUUUAAUAUGGUGCUGUGUCCGCCAUUCAAAUGGGCGUCCAAAGGAGGAUUUAAUCUUGCCACUCCCGUAAGAGAACGAAGUGAUUCUGUACCACGAAGAGAAACUAUUAGAUUUCCCGCAGUAGUCCCUGAAACUCCAAAGGUCGAAAACAUUGUCAUCAAUGGCAAUGCUUCACAUUUCAAAAAAAGUAUUUCAUUAUCGGUAGAUCCUGGGGGAUCCAGUAAAAAAUCGAGUUACAUGAGCAUUCAAAGUGAAAAAUCUAUCACCGACUUUAGCAACCAACGGGAUUCUGACAGUGAAAAUGCGGAUGAGAGAAAAAGUAGCGCCGGUCGUAAGACCAUUUCAGAUUUAGUUCAAACCGAUCCUGAGAAACGUGCACGGCGCAAACGAGGUAUAAUUGCGCCUCAUACACCUUUGGAUAGUGAAAGAUUUCCGACCGAUUUAAAUUAUGAGAAGUUUACUAAAGAUGAAAAGUCAUCGCAGCAAAUAAAAAAAGCCAUUAUGGCUAAUGACUUUUUAAGAAAUAUAAUGGACGAAGAACGUCUUCUUGCAGUCGUAGAGGCAAUGAGUUCUCAAGAAUUUCCAGCUGGUAGUCUCAUGAUUCGUGAAGGAGAAAGUGGAAGUCAUUUAUUCGUUUCAGCAUACGGACAAUUUGAAGUAUUAAAAGGAGGUCAAGUGGUAAAGAACUUCGGACCUGGAGAAGCGUUUGGAGAACUUGCCAUUUUGUACAAAGCCAAAAGAUUCGCUUCUAUUCGUUGCAUUACUGAAGCAAAAGUAUGGACACUAGAACGACGAGUUUUUCAAAAGAUUAUGGUCUGUAGUGGCCGUCGAGAAAUGGAAGAUAACAUUCGUUUCUUGUCAUCCGUACCUCUUCUUCAAGGCAUCCAUGCGAUUGAACUAGCUAAGAUUGCAGAAUUUUUGAAACGGGAAUUCUUUUCCGCGGGUACGAUUGUGGUUAGACAAGGAGAUCGUGGCGACAAAUUUUACAUAAUUCGUGGAGGCACAGUAACAGUAACUAAACGAGAAGAAGAUGGAAGCGAAAGGCGCGUAGGUUCUCUUCGGAGAGGUGAAUAUUUCGGCGAGCAGGCGUUACUACACGAAGAUCGCCGCCUUGCCAGUGUCACCGCUCUUCCACCCGGCGUGGAAUGCUUAACACUUGAACGAGGACCUUUCACAGAACUAUUGGGUAAUUUGGAAGAAUUGAAAAAUGUAAGACAUUCAGAUCCAAGGCCCUCUCAGCAAAAAAAGACAUCAGUUGUUAAAAGCGAAUACGAAUAUGUGGAAUUAAAAGAUCUGGAAAUUGUGGGUACCAUGGGAGUAGGCGGAUUUGGGCGAGUGGAACUCGUACAGUAUAAGCGAAAUCCUUCGCUAACUUUUGCACUGAAAUGCCUUAAAAAAGUAGACAUGGUGCAGCAGCAGCAACAAGAACAUGCUUUCAACGAGAAAAACCUUAUGAUGGCGUGUAAAAGUAGAUUUAUAUGCAGAUUAUAUCGUACAUUUAAAGACAAUAAGUAUAUAUAUUUUCUCAUGGAACCUGUUUUGGGCGGUGAUGUGUGGACUAUACUGCAAAAACAACGGUACUUCCCCGAGAACAUCUCCCGCUUUAUGGCCGCCUGCGUGGUCGAAGCAUUCCAGUAUCUACACUCUAAGGAUAUCAUAUACAGAGAUCUUAAACCUGAGAACUUGAUGUUGGAUAAACGGGGUUACAUUAAAUUAGUUGAUUUUGGCUUUGCCAAGAGAUUGACGACAAACAGCAAAACUUGGACUUUUGCUGGUACCCCCGAAUAUGUAGCACCUGAAAUUGUGCUCAAUAAGGGCCAUGACCGUGCCGUGGACUGCUGGGCACUGGGCGUAUUCGUGCACGAGCUGCUGGUGGGCAAGCCGCCAUUCCGCGCGGCGGGCGGCGACCACAUGAAGACAUACACGCUUAUCCUGCGCGGCAUUGAUGCCGUCGCCUUCCAUCCUCGUGUGCCCAAGUCCGCUCAGAUGCUCAUCCGCAAGUUAUGUCGCGCCGUGCCUGCCGAGCGUCUCGGAUACCUCAAGAACGGCAUCGCAGAUAUCAAAAAUCACAAAUGGUUCCUCGGCUUUGACUGGGAAGCUUUACGCGAAGGCAAGAUGAAGGCGCCAUUGGUGCAACCUGUUACCAGCGACCUAGACUUAUCUAACUUUGAAAAAUAUCCCAAAGAUAAGUUACCACCAGACGAGACCUCCGGGUGGGAUGUUAAUUUUUAAGCUAAAAACCAAAAUGAUAUACUUAUAUUGUAUUCGUUUUAUAUAUUUAGGCCUGAGACGAUUAGGUAUAAGGAUACUCUGUAAAUGGUGCUGUUUUUGAGAAGAUAUAUUUAAAUAAUUUGAUGGGCAAGUUUUUAUUUGUAUUGUAGUAAAUGUGACACUAUGUUUUGUGUAUAAUUAUUUGUAUUACAACCUCUUCAUUUAAUUAGU